CGGCGGCCAUGCUUCAUUUCGGCGAGUCGGUGUGAUGGUGUUGGUGUUCGUGGUGUCUGUCUGUGUGAACGUCUGAACUGUGUUGUUGACUUCUGGUGGUGGUGGUGGUGCUGCUGCUGCGCGUGGAGCAGGACGAGGGGGGAAAGGGAAAAAAAACUCUUGGCACCUUAAUAACGCCAAGACUAAUAGAACUCGUAAGAGCCAAGAGGCGAUAUACAGGCUUAGGUGAAGAGCAAAGAGAAGUAAUGGCAGAUAUCAGCUUGAGUGAGGCGGAGAAGCGAUACAUUGUGGAUGGAGUGAAGCUGGGCAUUCGUGUGGAUGGGCGGGAGCGGCUGGACUACCGGCAGCUGGAGAUUGAGACAGGCCUGGUGUCUACUGCCAAUGGGUCAGCACGAGUGCGCCUCGGCUGUACAGAUGUUCUGAUCACCGUCAAGAUGGAGAUGGAACCGCCACCACCGCAGCAGCCCAACGAUGGACAGAUACACUUCUUUGUCAACUGCUCAGCCAAUGCGGCCCCAGAGUUUGAAGGUCGAGGUGGAGAGGACUUGGCUACCAGCCUGAGUGCAAUGCUGGACCGCCUCUACUCCUCCCCUCUGUCCCUUGACACAAGCAGGCUGUGUGUGGUGCCUGGCAAGCAUGUCAAGGUGCUCUAUGUGGAUGUGGAGAUUCUAGAAUGUGGUGGGAACUUGUUUGACACAGUGAGCCUGGGAGUGAAGGCAGCACUGUGGGCCACCAGGAUGCCUAGAAUAUACAUCACUGGUGAGGAUGGAGGAGAGCUGGAGUUCAUGGUGUCAGACAACCCUCAAGAAGUUGACAGAGUGGAUGUGUCCAAUGCUCCAAUCCUCAUCACACACUUGAGGAUAACAGAAAACUUGACAGUGAUUGACCCAACCCCUGAGGAAGAGUGCUGUGGGCCUGUGCAGGUGGUGGUUGGUGUCACUCCCAAGGGCCUCAUCACCACCACACAGCAGUUGGGAGCUGGGACUUUCGCACCGCAGACUCUUUCAGCUUCUCUCAAAAUUCGGCUCAGUAGUCUAGAGGCUGAGGUGGGACGCCUGCAACACCGGGGCCGCCAGCUGGACCACCAUCUGUCGAGAGUCUUGGCACAGGGGUCGCUGCUCACUUCCACCAUUGAUGACUUCCACCUGAGACUCGAUGCCUUGGCGAGGUCUCACAAGGCGUUGACUCGUGCGGCGCAACAGAAUCCCAAACCUUCUGGAUACUGUGUGAAAAACCAUGGAGAGGUGAUCAGUGACUGAGGUGGAAGACGAGAAAGCAAGUGUACAGCAGGUCACCCACCGGAUCCUCAGUGAUGAGUGGUGUGGUCUUCAGGAUGGAACACUGCAGCCACUAUGGUGUGAUGUGAGCACCAGAGCACCGUGUCUCGUCAGGUGGCUGAAAGGAUACACUGUGUCAGCAAGGGAGUUCCCACCCAAUCACCACCACCUUGCCAUUCCAGAAGGAGCCAUGCAUGCCUCAAUGUGGUCAAGGAGGCAGCAAGGACGUCACUCAUCUACCUUGAGGAUUUGAGGACUUGGUGAGCACUGAGUGCCAACACAGCUUUCAGAGCAGCAAGCCACGGUAAUGAGGAGAAUGCUGGCCCAGGAUGCUGAAGUGCCUUCAUCAGCUGAGUUGGACAUCAUAGCCUAUAUAAUCCUGGUGAAGCAUGCCACACUCCCAAGAGGUAACCCCUGCAAUGAGUGGCACCUAAGCAGAAGAUGCAGCAUCCUGUGCAGGAGAAGACAGCUGUAGGGGUGACUGAAAAGUAUCGUGGUCCAGGAAGAGGUUUUGUCAUAUCUCCUAAGUACAAGACAACCCUGGUGAAAUCAGCUUGCCUGGUACUAUAUGGCAGGUGGCUGCCUUACACACUCCAGGGUAAUGUUUGGGGCAUCACAUCUGCCUUCCUGUGAAACCAGCCUUUAGGAGGCCUUCUUAUUAGAGGAUGUCCACUACAGUCUCACUCACUGUGAAGUGGUUCUGUAGCAGCAAAUGGAUGAGGUAAGGUGAAGAGGGGGCUUGGCCAGGCCCAGCAAUGAGAUAGCACUACUGCCAGCAAGUGUGGGAGGCCACAUAUGUGCCCAGAGGGUGUGGCUGUACAAGCCUUGCUAGGCAGUUGUGUGCAUCAUCACACUGGAGAGGUGCCUGAGCUGGGACCCGCCAGUUGGUGGAAGAUCCUGAGUGAAAUCCUAUUGCGAAUGUUGCUCUCACCUCCUGGGAAUCGGAUAAAAAUAGUUUUAAUUUCAAAUAAUUAGAUUACUUACAUACUCAUGACAAAAGCAAAAAAAACAGCCAGGCUGGACUGAUUUGUCAAGUAGAUAUCCAAGAUGCCUUACAGGAAGUAAUGCGCUCUAGGCUCAAAAUAGUGUACAGUUGUUUUUAUCGUGAACCUGUGUCACCUACAAGACAAGAUUUAAAAAAUCAUGGAUAAAUCUGAGCAGAAAAUUGAUU